AUGCAGCUUAUCGACGAACUUUCCAUGAUUUACACCACGUGCCUCAUGGUUUUCGCUACCUUUUCGUAUUCAAGAUCAGGUCGGUUUUCCGCUUUAUUAGGCUGCGGUCUGACGCUUCUUGCCGGUUUUAUUACGGCAUACUAUCACGUCACAAAAGACCCGGUUUUCCAUCAGAGCUGCUAUGCGGCGUUGACAGCUACGGUAGUAUUUCGGAGCUUGUACGUGAUGGAAACACAAUUGAGACCGGUUCUCGUUAAAAGGAACAGUGCCAAGGCUAGCAGUGUCCUCAAAACCAUGUGGAUCAUGGUCGCCACCGGACUCGGCGUAUUUCUCACUGGCUUUCUCAUCUGGAACCUAGACAAUUUUCUGUGCAGCCAUAUCAGGAGGUUACGGCGCCAACUUGGGUUUCCUUGGGGUGCGUUGCUCGAGGGUCAUGCUUGGUGGCAUUUGAUGACAGGUCUUGGUAGAUACCCCCUUCUGCUGCAUCUUAUUACUACAUCACGUGGGGCAUAUGGCUACGAAGAUGCCUCGAAGGCCGAGAAGACGAGUAUAGGCUGGUAUGGCCUAGGUCAAUAUCCUCAAUUCCUGUAG